UAACUGAAUGGAAGAAUCCGAGUUUAACAAUCCGAAUCCUUUAACAAAAUGGAUAUGCAAAUUGGCAAUUAUCGGUGACAGUGGUACAGGAAAGACAAGUAUAAUUCAAAGAUAUGUACAAAAUACAUUUUCCGCAAGCCAUAUUGCAACUAUAGGUGUUGAUUUCCAGGAGAAGAAAGUCAGGAUAGCAAAUCGCGUUAUUAAAGUAAAAAUUUGGGACACGGCGGGUCAGGAACGGUUUCGGUCGCUAACAAAAGGUUACUAUCGAGGUGCAAAGGGAAUUUUAAUUGUGUACGAUAUCACUGUUCGAAAAUCGUUUGAUCGCUUGGAAAUGUGGGUGAGAAAUGUGAAAAAGUGGGCAGAUGAAAAUACAAUAUGCAUUAUAUUAGGGAACAAAUGCGACAGGGAAGAUUUCCGCGAGGUUUCUAAAGAGCAUGGAGAAAACAUAGCAAAGCAAUACGACAUGGAAUUCAUGGAAACGAGUGCAAAGGAUGCAAUUAACAUCAAUGGAGCAUUUCAAUGUCUUAUUGAAAAUGUUAUUGAAGAGAAUAAAGACAAAAUUGCCGAAUACAAUGAAAAAAAUGACAACGGUGUUUAUGAAAAUAUCGAAUUACGUGAUACAACAACGCCGUCUCCCAUACCUGCUAAUAGAAAAAAAUGUUGUGGAUAAAACUGCAAAACAUUCACAAAACUUUCGGCAAUGAACGACAGUGACCGUAAUAUGGAUUGUUUGCGAUGAUCUUUCUAUAUAUUGAACUUCACUCCGUCACUUUUUUAUUUGCUGUAGUAAGGUGUUUAAAAUUUACUAUGUAGGUACACUCACUAGGUGACGCUGUGACGUGACCCAGAAUCAAUCCUUCAAUCAUCAAAGCAAUUGAUUCAAAUCAUUAUGAUUUUCAUAAUUAAUUUAAACAAACUGUCCCACACAAACUUUACUGUGACAAAUCAAUACACUGUUUGUGUUUUGUGACUUUAUUAGAUUAUUAUCCUUGGAAAUUAUUACAGCAAAUAAGAAUGAAGGCUUUAAAUGAUAAAAAUCGAAUUUAGUUGCACUAUAACCAUAAAUACUGCAUGAGCCGUGAUGGAUGUUUGUACAACCACAUAGUUGCUGAAUGUAUAAACAACCGAUCGCGUAGACACAGACAUAUAUAUUAUAGGUUAUUGGAUGAGAUAGGCUAUUCAUUUUUUUGAAAAAUUUGUUGCAAACAAUAAAAGGCAACCAUUUCUGUUGAGUAAACCUAGCUACAACAUACAAAGUAUUUUCACGAGGCUUCUUCAAUUGAAAAAAUGCAGCGUGAAUUUAAUUUGAAUGUUUCGCUUUGCAUGUAUCACUUUUAUGAAGAUAACAUGACACGAUUCUAGGCUUUAGAACACCACUACCACAACUUAAUACUGUAAGUGUA